ACUCCUCCAUGUUCCCUCAAACUCAACACCUAGAAACUUCAAACCUAUAGACUAAUCGAAAAUGAAUAGUCACAGUAGCUCUAUCUGCAAGACUUCACUCUGUUGUCUCCUUCCCCUACUCGUCUUCUCCUCUUCCCUCCUCUUCCCCACUCUCUCUGCUUCCUACGUCCGCUGUCAUCCAGAUGACAGAAAAGCGCUUCUAGCCAUCAAGAAAUCCCUCUCCCUUCACAUCCCGAAGGACGAGACACCCUGGAACCCCAAGACCGACUGUUGCACAUGGACAUAUGUCGACUGUAGCGAGGAAACCAACCGGGUACGCAUACUCAACAUCUACGAAACCAAUUUCCACCAUAUUCCGGCAGCCGUCGGCGACCUCGCUUACCUGGAAAAGCUAAUCUUCCAUCACCUCGCCACCAAAAUUACCGGCUCCAUACCCUACUCCAUCACCAAACUUCAGAACCUCAAAUUGCUUCGCAUAUUUAACACCACUCUGUCUGGCCCCAUCCCUGAGUUUCUCACCCAGCUCAAAAACCUCGAGUACCUCGAAUUGUCCAACAACCAACUUUCGGGUCGAAUACCAGCUUCCCUCGCCAAUCUCAACAAAUUAGGAGGACUUGACCUCGGAGGGAAUAAACUCACCGGAAGCAUACCCAACUCUUUCGGGAGAUUCAACUCCCAAGGUGGUUUCUUUCUUUAUCUAUCCCACAACCAGUUGUCUGGUCAGAUCCCUAAAGCACUGGGAGAAUUGAACUUCACGGGGAUUGAUCUGUCGUACAACAAGCUUGUUGGGGAUGCGUCAAUGUUGUUCAAAGAGAAUGGAGCGGCACUGUGGAUCCAUUUAUCGAAUAACCAACUUGAUUUUGAUCUUUCCGCGGUGAGGUUUCCGAAGGGGUUGAUGGUUUUGGAUUUGUCUCACAACAGGAUUCGAGGUAGUAUUCCAGAGCAAAUCACAGAAUUGAAUUGGCAAGGACUGUAUUUGAGUGAUAAUCGGUUGUGUGGAAAUAUUCCAUAUGGUGGAAAUGUGCAGCAGCAAGGUGAGCAUGCAUUUAUCCACAACCGGUGUUUGUGUGGUCCGCCACUCUCCACCAAGUGUAAGUAGUCCUGCAGCCGUGAAUGGCAACAGACGAGAGUUUGGAUUUUUCCGGUCUACGUUCUGCCGGAAAAGCAAACUUCAAGUUAGUUAAUUGUGCUAGAUGGAAUGCUGGUUCGACUGGUCGGACUUGACACUGUGUGUUUGUAAUGAAAAUUUUACAUCGGUUUCCUGUAACUUUCCACUUCCAGUUUGACUUAUAGCAACUAAAUAAUCCACCAAUUUCUCUGAA